CAUAACCGCACGUGUACGCCUCUUUACCUAUAUAUAAAAAAAAGUUCGUUUUUUUAUAUAAGCCCUUUCUCUUCUUUUUAUUUUUACUAAUUAUACCACAAUGAGCAAAGUCAAGGUUGAUAGCAUCAAGACAGAGCCUAAACCCAAGGCCAACAUUGGGCUUCGACCCUAUUAUGCCGAAACCGACAAAAAAUUCGUGCAAUACCUAUUUUAUUCGACUUAUUUCAACAUGGUACCUAAAGCAGUUCGAGUUCGACUUUCCUCAUUUUACAUUGCACCCAUCUGGAUCCUCAUUUACGGUGUACUUGUUACCCGUGUACCCAAGCUUGUGGCUAAUUUGGGCUGGUCCAGAGAGAUCCUUUUCGCUUUACAAGCCCUCAUCACACUGGUUGUCUUUGGCGGUGGCUUCAUUGCUCUUUUAUGGUAUACGGAUAAAUUCGAUAUCACCCAACGUGUACUCGAAGGUAUCGAAAACGAUUUAAAGGAACCCGAUGCGUAUUAUCGUGGUGCACCCCCCGACGAUAUUCGUAAGGGUAAUUUCUGGGUCUUGACAUUAAAUGAAGAGGUAGUGGGCUGUAUCGGUUUAGAUCAAACCUUGUCACCCGUCCUUGAUGCGUCCGUGAAACAUGUACCAUAUGUGCGCGCUUCACAACGUCCUCGUGCAGUGGAUUCUACCGAGAUUCAGGAAGCCGAAUGGAAAAAGACCGCACAUUAUAUGGCCAUCGCGGAUGAUUUGAUUCGAUUGGUUUUGGUGGGUACCUUGGAUAUCGUGCGCGAUGUAGUGUAUAAGGUUAGAGGCAUCACACAGGCACAAGUGGAUGAGGAAAAGAAGAAGGAAAAGACUCGUGUCUUAUUUGAGGCUCAUAAGCCCAAUGAAGCCAGUGUACGUCGAUUAGCCGUCAAAUUGGAGUGUCAAAAUCAUGGUCUUUCCACGGUUCUUUUGAAACGCGUGGCAUUUUGGGCUCAUGCCAACCAAAUCGAAUACCUCUAUGCUGACACAGAUGAACUUCAAACAAAGAUGGCAGAGAUUUUGGUCAAAAGACAUGGUUACACGCAUGUCGAGACAAAGAAAUUGGGUUACUUUAGAUCUAAAUCCACUUAUAAAUUGGACGUCAAGCUUUGGAUGAGUAAGGAAUUGGAAAGAAGAGCACAAGAAAAGAUUGUCGCGGAUCAAUUAAAGGAAGAUGAAGAACUCAAGGAGUAUGAGUAAACGUAUAUAUAUUAUAAAUUUCCCCUCCCCCUGGCGGUUGUACUAUUAUUAUUUAUCAUUAAAACACUUUAUAUAAUUUCACAGAAAAAAAAACGCAAUUUUAUUUAUUUUA